UCUCCAAACUCGAAUUUUCCAAUUCUUAGUUGCUCCGCGUUUGCGAUCCGUAUAAUGGAGAAAUUGAUCCAGAAACCCUAAGUUGCCCGUCAACGGUAUAUGAUUGUGAAUGGACGCGAAGGAUAUAUUGGGAUUACCCAAAAACUCAUUCCCACCCCUCGAGAAGAAGUCUCGACCUCCCAAAGAGUCUCAGAGAAAACCAGAUGGCAUUUCGCGCGAGGUCUAUGCGCUUACUGGUGGCAUGCCACCUCUUAUGCCUGCUAUUGAACCCUCUCAAUUGAAAAAAAAACCUCAUUCUCUUGAAAAGAUCACUUGGCAAUGGCUUCCUUUCACCAGUUCUGCUCGUAAAGAUAAUCUUCAGCUUUACCAUUGGGUUCGAGUUGUCAACGGUGUUCCUCCUACGGGGGACUAUUCUUUUGCCAAGUAUAAUAAGUCUGUUGACGUUAUCAAGUACACAGACGAGGAGUAUGACAAGUAUUUGACUGAUCCGAUGUGGACCAAGGAGGAGACAAAUCAACUAUUUGACUUGUGUGAGAGAUUUGAUCUUCGAUUUGUUAUAAUAGCUGAUAGGUUCCCAUCAUCUCGAACUGUAGAGGAAUUAAAGGAUCGAUAUUAUAGUGUAUCCCGAGCGAUAUUAAUUGCCAGGGCUCCAUCUUCUGGGGAUGUUGCAGCACAUCCUCUUGUUAAGGAACCGUAUAAUGUUUCACAAGAAAUGGAGCGAAAACGAGCACUGUCCAUGGUCCUCUCUCAAACAAGGCAACAAGAACGAAGAGAUGAAGAGGUUCUUGUCGAAGCAAAAAGAAUAGCUGAAUCACGCAUUCCUCCUAAGGUUGCUGAAGAGUCUCAGUUGUUUGCUUCUAAUGCUGGUGCGGAAUUUACAGAGAGGACUGUCCCGGGUGAGACUGUAUCUCCGUCCAAUAUGCAACUUCCAUCAAUGGUUGUGCCUUCUACAUUACCAGAUAACACAUCUACUUUAGCUUCUCUUCGCAUGCUUCGUGUAUAUUUGAGAACAUAUGCUCUUGAGCAAAUGGUACAAGCUGCAAACUCUUCUGCUGGACUUCGAACUAUCAAGCGGGUUGAACAAACUUUGCAAGAUCUUGGGGUCAAUUUGAAACCAAGGGUUCCCACGAAAGCCGUUUGUGCAGAGCAUCUUGAACUAAGAAAAGAAAUAUUAACUUGGCUGAAUCUCCAGAAACAGGUGCAAUAUAAAGAAGCAGAAGGCUCAUCUUUCCGUGAUGGGUCAUAUGGUGAAACACCAGGCACGCCAAAGGAUCGGUCAUUUAUUCCAGACCCCAUGACUUUUGGAGUGGAAAGGGUUGGCAGAAAGGACCAAAAGCGCAAGGCUCCGGGAGCUCCAUCGUCAUCAGCUCAUAAAAGACCUAGGAAACUAAAGGCCUCAGAUCUUUAGCUCUACAGGUGGCCACCAGGAAAGGUGUUUUCAACUCGUAGAAUUCUUUCAAUCAAAAUGUUGAAUGUUGUAGAAAGUAGCAAUGAACUCAAAACAGCUAGAAAUUUUGAUUGCGGUAUAUUUAGUCUAAAUGAAGUUCGGUUUACUUUGUUCCGCAAUUCAGACUAAUGCCACUCUUGAAUGAAAAAGGAGCAUUGAGAUCCUUGGGAUGAGUGAGAUCUCCCAUCUUAACCAUGUAGGUUUACUUUACUUUUUGUGCUGGUAAUGCUUUGUAGGGAUACCAGGUACAUGGAAAAGGCUUUUUAUUUGGAUAUGCAUGUAUAUAAGUUUGGAAUUGGGAAAAUCUAGAUGUCUUUGAAAGCUUAUAUCGAGAUGUAGAGAUUGAAAGCUGACAGAACAUGUGUCUCGCUUCAGGGAAAAAGAGUGAAAAAUAAAAAUAGCAAAAAUUUGAGGAAAAAAACCUUAAUAACGAGCAGACACUCCCAAUGAAGAAAAUGUUUAGCAAAAUGAUCAUUCAAACACAGGAGUUUAGGAAAGAAGGAAGGAGUAACUAAUUCAUUAACUGGUUAUGUCCUUUCCAUAUUUGAAAUAAUUUUCUUAGUGCUAUCUUCAUGAUGAUUCGUUAUGCUCAACAUUUCUUGGUGCCUUCUCUCCACAUAGAAGAAUCACAUACCUUGUUUGGACAAAGGAUGAAAUAGGGAUUAGGGGAGAAAGAAAUACGGGAUAAAGAAAUAUAAGCGUAAAAAUAAGAUUAAAAAUAUGUUUUGAUAU